UAUCCAUGCUGCUUUUUCUGCUGCUGCUUUUUUGCUUCUGUUGCGUACGGGCGUUAACUGGGCGGUUAUUUUAUAAUAAAAAUACAUUUUAAUGAAAAAAGUGUGCAAAUUGUGUGCUCUAUGUAAUGAUGUUACAGUUUGUAGAAAGUAUGGCUUGUUAAGCUGAAUUGUUUGUGAGACUGUUAUUCUUCAAACGAAUGUAACGGAUAUUUUAAAGAAAAGUGAAAGUGCAUGAGAUAAGCUCCAGCCGCCUGUGGAAAGAAUGAAACAAAAAACGCGACAUGCUACAAAAGCAAUAGCGCGAAAGAGAAAGAAAGUAUAAUUCAAGUUUGACAAUCACCGACCAAGCAAAUUCGAACCAGCCUCAGCAAACCGCACCUCUACACACCUUGGCUGCAGCGCAUGUAUGACGUUUGCUUCCAGCUCGCGCGAAAAAGAGACGGCUAGCACGAUCAAGCGAAAUCAGCCCGCCGUGUUGCACGCGGUAGAGAGAAAGCGCGCAUGCGACGGCAGCUCACCGCAGCAAAGCAAGUCUCGAUCUCGACGCGCACACACAGUCCAGUGGCGACGGCAAAGUGGCUUCAGGAAAAGUUCGCUCGACAAACGCAGUGAAAAACUCAAGGCUUGUGUUUGUGUGUGCGCGCAUGUGUGUGUGAUUGUCUUGUUUUUCCGUGCGUGCGUGCUGUGCUGUGCUGUGUUGUGUUUACGCGUGUCGAACAGCAAAAGGAAAAGCUGUGCCAAAAAACACAGUCGCUUGCGCACGCCCUGGAGAAGGAACCGUCGAAGCGCAAGGGCGAACGACUGGCUAGUGUGUGAGAGAGUGAGAGAGCGAAAGACCGAGAGCGAGCGGGAGGGAGACGGAAAGACAGAGAAAACUUCCUCCUCUCUACACUCUACACAGCCAUUAUUCAUCGCUGCUCACGCAUCCAAAACGGUGUUUGAUAAGGGUGGUGCGCUGGAAGUGCGCUCAUCUACCCCAGAGGUACGGAUCAUCACAUCUCGGGGCCAGUUGAUGGGGGGUGAAGAAGAAAAAACGCAGCUGGAAUCCCGUACACCUACACACACGCAGCACUGUGUCCCGCCCGUGGUGUGCCCGUUGGAAGUGUGUAAGUCAUCGGGGACGGCGCGCUGUAGCGUUAUCAUUGUCCGUCGUGCAAGCGGAAGAGCAGAGAGGAGCAGGCGGGUUGCGGUCCCAUUAGCGAAAAAAAAGGUGGACAAUCGUCGCCGUCGGCAAGUAGCAGCGGAAAGCAGCAACACAGCAAGCGCACACGGACACAGAAACACGGUGUGUGUGUGUGCGCGCGCUCGGUGUCGUCAUCGGUCCGUCCGGUCCGUCCGUCCCGACACAGUCGGUCAGCCGAAAGGGAGAGAAAAAAGUGUGUGGCCCGGCCGCACACGGAGACAGCACUCACACACAUCUCAGCAGAGUGUGACGACACGAGAGGAGGAGGUGUAGAACCGUAGUAGUGUGAGUACACCGUCACCACCCACUACCACCACCUGAUCGACAACAGGCGACAGCAUGAACGAAAUCGAAGCGCUGCGUCAGGAGGCGGAAACGCUCAAAAAUGCGAUCCGCGACGCGAGGAAGGCGGUGUGCGACACGUCCAUCCUGCAGGCGACGGCACAGCUGGAAGCCGUCGGUCGCAUCCAGCUUCGGACGCGCCGCACGCUCCGGGGCCACCUGGCGAAGAUCUACGCGAUGCACUGGGGCAACGAUUCGCGCUAUCUGGUGUCGGCCUCGCAGGACGGCAAACUGAUCGUGUGGGACUCGCACACGACCAACAAGGUGCACGCGAUUCCGCUGCGCUCCUCCUGGGUGAUGACGUGUGCGUACGCCCCGUCCGGCAACUAUGUCGCGUGCGGCGGGCUGGACAACAUCUGCUCGAUCUACAAUUUGAAGACGCGCGAGGGCAACGUGCGCAUUGCGCGCGAGCUCGGCGGACAUACGGGCUACCUGUCCUGCUGCCGGUUCCUCGACGACAACCAGAUCGUGACGAGCUCGGGCGACAUGUCCUGUGCGCUGUGGGACAUCGAGACGGGCCAGCAGACGACAUCAUUCCAGGGGCACACCGGGGACGUGAUGGCGCUGUCGCUGGCCCCGCAGGGCAAAACGUUCGUGUCGGGCGCGUGCGACGCGAAGGCGAAGCUGUGGGACAUCCGCGAGGGCCAGUGCAAGCAAACAUUCCCGGGCCACGAGAGCGAUAUCAAUGCGGUGGCGUUCUUCCCGAACGGGUUCGCGUUUGCGACGGGCUCGGACGAUGCCACCUGCAGGCUGUUCGACAUCCGGGCCGACCAGGAGCUGGCCAUGUACUCGCACGACAACAUCAUCUGUGGCAUCACGUCCGUGGCGUUCUCGAAGUCGGGCCGGCUGCUGCUGGCGGGCUACGAUGACUUCAACUGCAACGUGUGGGACACGAUGAAGGCGGAACGGGCGGGCAUACUGGCCGGACACGACAACCGCGUGUCCUGCUUAGGCGUGACGGAGAACGGUAUGGCGGUGGCGACAGGGUCCUGGGACUCGUUCCUGCGCGUGUGGAACUAAGCGAAGCAGCAGAGACAGAGAGUGUUUGUGGAAUUUUGUGUGUGUGUGUGUGUAGUGUGAGAGCGUACGAAAAGUUCACCAACAUUCGUCGACGCAGCGGCGAAACCCGCACAUUGGAAGGAUUAUUUUUUACCUAUUUUCUUAUUAUCAACCCUUUCGUUGUCCGUGGAACUGUCGUUGAGCGUGUGAGGAGCAGUCUAGCUCUGUUCCAAGUUUACACUCCGCGAGCACGGUUUAACUCGAGUCGUUGGCACCACACCACGCGCUAUAGCUUAUGCUAGCGUACGGUAGAGGGCGCCACCUGUGCAAUGCUCUGCAGUGUGGUGAAUAUGGUGAAUUUGCAAUUACCGCCGUUUGGUCCUUACCAAAUGCUCUUCAAAUUCAAAUGCAACGAGCCGAGCCGCGUUUCAACAUGUACGGACAGGAGAGGACAAACCGCAACACACAUCCCCCCUUCCCACACACGUCAACAAGCACACGUCGUUAAAACCUUACCCAAGCAAUAGCGAGUUGUUUUUUUCUCUUUUUUAAUUUUGCAAACAAAAACAAUCGGUAUUUUUACGCCCGUAUUAUUGCAUCUUAUUGGUUAACUAUUGUGUUUUUUUUCUUGCUUUGUAACAUUCUCUACAUUUACCAUUUUGAAUCCCAUUCGCCCAUGGAAAGCUGCGGUUACGAAUGCCGAAAGCGAUCGCGCCCGCGCGCACAGAAAUGUCUCACGUUAAAUGCGUUUACGAGCAGCAGCAGGAGCAGCAGCAGCAGCAGCACAAACUGAUGCACCCCAAAAACGCAUCCUAAAUACAUGUACGUUGUAUUUUUUAGGUUAGUAUUUAAGUUUUAUUCAUUAGUCCUUCGCUUCGGUUUCGGGUGUGUGCGUACACGUGUAGUAUACCCCUUGUGUGGCGAAGGACGCGCGUGUGUUCGGAAGGAAAUGGGCCGCCGCUGCCUUCCUCUGCACAAUGCAGAAAAGGGAUCCCAAAUCAAAGAAAACAAAGUGAAGCAAAGAAGGGCACAUAGAGAGAGAGAGCGAGAGCGAGAGAGAAAGAGAUAAAGAUUGUGGGUGGGAGAAAAUGGCCACGGCUUAGGAACAUCGAUUGGCAUAUAGACUAUUACUAUAAUUAUUAUUAUUAUACCUAAAACAACAAGCAAGCAAAUUUGUAAGCUGUAGGAAAAGUGGAUGGUGUGCAGUAGCGUUCGAUGUGUUGAAUGUUGAAAGGCAACUAAAACGGAAUAUAUUUAUGGAUAGAAAACACUAAAACAAAACAAAACAAAAAAAGGAAUGAAAAUAACAACAAUCAGACACAGAAUGAUGAUGUGCAGGAUCUCCGGAAUGACGCGGGAAGGAUUUAAGUGUGGAGAGAAUCCCCUAGACAGGGCGAAUAUGAAUGAAAUGGAGGAAAAUUAUCGAAAAAGCAAGCACACUAUCACAAACAUCUAAUAACCAUAUGCCGGGUUUUAAGUCAAGCCGAGCUCCACAUCCAUCAGCAGCAGUUAAUGCGAGCUUAUCCGCACACCCUUGUGGAUGCAGCAUAUUGACGGAUGUUGUUGAUUAUGAUGAUAAUGGACGUUUUACAUCAAACACAGUGCAAGCAAUGCACAAUUCCGUACAAUGAAAACUCACUGGCAAAAACACACGCACCCAACAUAGGAAGUAGUAGGGGCGGGAAUGGCGGGUUCAUCAUUCUUCGGCGACUAUAACAAAAGGCAAAGUAGAGCUAGAGAGAAGCUAGAGUGUAGCGAAAGACCAGAACACAUAGGAGGUAGGAGCACUGAACACUGAAGAAUGGAAUGCCCUUUUUAAUACGAAUAUAGUACAUCACCAACCAAAAACCAAUCCCCUUUCCCUCCUUCCCACCUCCAAUCCUCUUGCUGACCAUCAUCUUGCACUAGCCAAAUUCCAAAUACGAUCCAGAGGGAGGAUGGCAUCCGGCACACUCUGGUUUGGAGCGGUGUUGACCGUUGCAGAUUUCUGUUUGUUAUGUGCAGAUCGUCUAAAUUCAUGAAUAAAGUCUCAUACGUGUAUAUCUAUGACCAUA